CGGGGUGGUUUUCAGCGGCGGCGGGUCUUUUCAAUCGGUUGACCACAUUGCCGUCACGUCGUCACUGCGCGCGCCGUGCGCAAGCCGCUCUUCCACAACCGUGUGUCAUCUCGCCCGUUGUCGUUUUACCGUCGUCGUCGUCGACGUACCGUAUAGUCGCCGGGCGUCGCGCGCCGUCGUCGUACCGUCGUUACCGAAUUCGAUUGCAUUACGGUUUUAUAUUAAUCGCGCGCGUUUAUUGUUUUUUUUUUUUUUUUUCCUAUCGUAGUCGUCGACGUUGUACGCUUCGUCGAUUUCGUCGGAAUUCUUUCUGCACCCUCCCCGGAACCCGAAAACUCGCUCGUUUCGCUCGGCCGUAUCGAGUCGCGGAGUUAACGGAAGAACGGACAGAACUCUGGGUUUCUAUUUUGUAUUACUCUCUCGCGAACCCGAAAACCGACGUUUUUUUUUGGCGAAAACGGUGCGCCGCAAAUAAUCUUGCAGCCCGGUACGUAUACGCGCGCUUUUGCACUCGUCGUUUGGUCGACCCGCGUCAUAGGACCGGUUACACUGCUGCAACCGCACCGGGAAAAUAUCGGCUUUCGUGGACGAACAGUGGCGAUUGCAUACCGUACUCGCGGAUAGCUGAAGACUGUUGGACGUUUGAAUUGCCGCCGGUGUCGAUCACGCGAAACGUUUAAUUGAACAAAAGCUCGAGACACGUUUAGUCCGCCGACGGAGGAGGAAUCUCGCGCACGCACGCGUUUUAUGACGUAAACCUUGGACGCCGUUCAGCACACCACAGAGUCACCGCGCGAGCCAUGGACCCGACACUGUUAGCGUCUGCCGCUGCCACCACCUCUACGGCCGCGGCGCAGACGAUCGCCGCCGCGGCCACGGCCACGGCCGCGAUGACGCGCAACGGCCAGCGCAACGGGACUCAUCGCGCCGUCAACGUGCACGGCCGGCUCAUGUACGACGAAAUCGUCAUCAACGACGUCUGGAUCAACGCCAUACUGUCCACGCUCGCGCUGUCCUGCGCCGCAUGCGUUUGCUUGUGCUUCCUAUACUGCAAGUUCCAGCAGUGGAAACAAACUGCUCAGCAGAGGAGGAACGAGAAGAACUCGCGGAAACGCGACGACGAGUCGUUGCCCAGCUACACGAUCGUGACCGGACUGCCCAGCUACGACGAGGCGAUCGAGCGCAUGAAGUUGCCCGCGGUCGGCUCCAACAAGCCGGCCGCGGCGGGCCAACCGCCCAAACGUGCGCCGGCCGUAUCCGUGGUACGGGUGAAAAACGAGACCGCGUCUCCGCCACCUCCGCCGCCGUCGCCGCCACCGCCACCGUCACCGCCGCCGCCGCCGUCCAAGCCCGAUCCCAAGUUCGGUCUGGUGUCGCGCAGCUGGUUCGCGCAUGACAGCGGCUGCAGCCACUGCCUGUCGGUCCAGGAGCUGUUGGAGACCUACGACGUGCGAUAAGCCGUGUCCGACCGUUUCCUAUGCGGCGCACACGUACACACACGCAUCCUAUGUAGCAUAGUAUUAAAAUAGUGGAACGAGCACACGAUACCGUGUACAGAGUUUGUCAAUAUUAUUAUUACUAUUACUAUCAUUAUUAUCAUUAUUAUCAUUAUUAUUAUUAUUAUUAUUAUUAUUAUUACUAUUGUUAUUGUUACGCGGCGCCGUACGCCUGCCGAACACUCGGCGUGUAGUACUGUACUUGAUGUAUGAUAACAAUACCCGAUAGGCUACCGGUGGUAUCGGUUAUGAACGAUUGCAGCGAUUCGUAGCGUAUAUUAUGCGAUAGAUGCGCGCGCGCGUUGUUAUGCGGUGCGAGCACUUGAACGCCAUCAGACGGGGGAUAGCGGUUCCGCGUUCCUGUUGACGAGGGUAGCGAUGAAGGACAUUAUAUCGUCCUGGGACGGUGGCGCGAAUUCCAACGAGAACUCCGAGCACAUCACGUGGUUCGUGACAUUUCUCGGUUCUCGGCUCCUCUCGCCCUAUACGUACUUACGUAUAAAUAUUUACAACCAAAGUCGUUUGGUGACUUUGGACGUUCGGACGGUACAUUCCCGUUUUCUAGGGAUUAUUUUGUUUUGCGAAUGUCUGCAAACGUUUAUUGGUGGGUAUUUUUGUUUCGAAUCGGAAAGGCUUACAUGAACGGCGAACAGUAUUUGAUCUCGCUCCAUGCGAUUAUGCACAAUUACUCUAAGAACGGGUAACGAUAGUUGUGUUAUGUCCGCUCGAUAAAUGCAAAUUUCAUUGCUUGUUCGCAAAAACAUUCCGCUCAGAAAUGCGCGAUUUAAAAUAGCCCUUACCACUUCCGUGUGUCUUAAGUCACCUUUCGAGAGUCGGUCUCGACGAAAUCCGAGUCACGAUCAAACCGACCGUAGAAUACGAACGAAAACACGAAACACCCUAUGUCACCGUUAACGCCGCAUGUGUAUUUUACCUAACCCGUGUAGCCAUCACCUGUAACCAAAUACUUAAAUAUGCCAUUCCUUAAUGCCCACCAUGACGUUAUCAUCACCGUCAUGUUCUACCUACUAUUAUUUUUAUAACUAUUAUAAUUUUUACUUUAUAGUGAUUACGGGUACCAUAAAUGAAGCCUUACUAGACCUAUCGAGUUAACCGCGUUAUUAUGCCCGUUUAGUAUAUUAUGUAUAAAUAUCUAGGUACCAUAUAUAUAUAUAUAUGUGUGUGCACAAAUAUUUAAUUAUACGUUAUUAUUAACAUAUUUAAUCUUAUUAACGCUCUCUGUAUCAUUAAAUGUAAUAGUACAGCGUUUUAAUGUAAAGUUAUUAGGUAGGUAGUCGUAGGCAUAUUACAUUACAAAGCGUAUAUUAUACAAGUAUACAAAUAAAUAAUGUGUGUGUAGCAGUGUUUACCAGCAGCAGCAGUAGUAGAACUAGUAAAGUAUUAGUAGUUGUAGCCGAAUAAUAUUCGGAAAAUAAAUAAAAUUGCAUUAGUUCCAAGGGACGGACACAUAUUCAAUAUUGAGUACGUUAAAAAAAAAUAUUUAAAAGAAGCUUUUGUCAAUAAGAAUUUCCAACAAAUAUUUCACCGACGAAACAUGGACAUUUUUCUUUCUUUUUCUCCUUUUGCUAUCCUUUCAUUCUUCCACUCUCUCUCUCUCUCUCUCUCUCUCUCUCUCUCUCUCUUUCUCUUUCUAUCAUUUUUUUCUUUACCUUACAAUUUAAGUAUCAAAUUAUCAUACCCAUUAUCAACACUUCGGUUCCAUACUUCCCCCUCACACCCACCUUAUAUGCCCGCCAUAAAAGUAUUUUUGACAACUCAACCAUUCACGUCAAUAUAGUUUUGCACGUCUAUCGAUUACAAUUAAUGCAUAACAGGUAUAUGCCAUCCUCGAUGUAUGCCCUAGUACCGCCGUUAAGUCACUUUCGAACGAUAAAUUUAGUGGAAAAAUGCUCUUUCACAAUUGUACCAUACUUAGAACAUUCAAUCUAAAUAUACUUAAAACCGUUUAUGAAUUAAAUUUAUCUUGUGAAUUAAUAAUUUGUUUCAAUAUUAUUUUAAUA